GGCAACGCUCGGAGCAGUCAUGGAUAUCACUAGUGCUUUUGCUACCUAUGGAACAUGCGUUGAACGAGAGACGGAAGUUCGAGAAAAUGUCCAGGCCGCAGUGAAAGACCUCGAGAAAACGUCAUACACCAUCAAUACAGUGCUUGAAAAAAUGCAUAACACUAGAGGGAUACAGAACCUCCAGACAAUCUGUGAGGAGUGCGUUACCCAGUUAGCAAGUGUACCAGCACUGUAUGAAGCCCUACAGGAGAAAGUCCCGGCAGGCGAGUACUACCGUUUCCACCACAACUUCCGAGGGACCACCCAGCGCCUGGUUGCUGCCACUUGCCUCAUCACGUAUCUGCGAGAAAAUCGACUCGCACCACAUGAAGAAGUGGCACAGUCCUUAGGUCUUUGUACGCAGCGGGAGAAGGGUUUCCACCUCGACCUGGAGGACUACCUUCUGGGGACACUCAGCAUCAGCCAUGAGUUGGCAAGACUGGCGAUCAAUUCAGUUAGUGCUGGCGAUUACGCACGGCCCUUCCAGAUCCAGCAAUUCCUAAGAGAUCUGCAUGCAGCAUACUCCCUCCUUUUCCCAAAGAACGAAUUACGCAAGAAAUUUGACGAGCUCAAGUACGCUCUGAAGAAGACUGAGGAGGUGGUAUAUAACCUAUCACUUCGAGGUCUCAAACCCCAAGACAGUGAGACUUCAGGAUAAUUACUGUUAACUUUGUCUGUUUUGUUUUGAGGUAUUUUCAAAAACUCCGUUAUGAACUUUAAUCAUCUCCGUAGCAACUUUGUGAAGAAGACUCGUGUCAUGUGUUGCAGAGUUCUUUUAUUUUUUACAGAGACAUUAAUUUUCCUUUGUAGAGCAAAGGUUCUUUGAAGUUCAUGUUUUAUUCAUGUUUGCUGGAGAAAUGUGUCAGUUUUGUUUACGCUGACAUAGUGUCUUUUAUUAUCAUUAUUAUUACUUUUUUUGUGGUCACAUAUAUUUCGUGAUUUCAGAUAUAUAUAUCCAUGCUUAUAAAUUGAUAUGUCAUUUUUAAAAGAAAUUAACUAGAGCAAGUACGUAUUGAAUGAGAGAAAAAUAACAUGGAAGAAGCCAAGGGGAGUAUACACAAAAGUUCAUAGGCUUUGGGAUUUGACUGAUAAAACGUCUUUGACUCCGAAAUUUAGUCUGACUUUUAAUGAAAAUGUCUUUUAACACCCGAUUUUUGUCUGACUUGGCUGUAGCUUAAUACAGGACUGUGGUGCCCUCACUUGUAAGGACCGUCUUUAAAUUAUCCUUUUGAAAUGCAGACAACACUACUACAAUUUUACUUGCGUUGAAGAUAACACUGUGUCAGUAACGAUAAAGUGCACUGUCAUUAAGCAGUCUUAAUUGAGUCAUUUCCAUCAUGUUUAUUGCAAUUUUCUUUUUGAUAGAUGCAAAUGACAUUGCUCACCUUGUCAGCUGCGGCAAAGAUAAUUAACAUAGAGGGUCCCACCUAAACAUAUAAAAGAUAUUAUAUAUGCAGUAUUACAGUCAAUAAGACUGUAAUCAUUACUAUUAUUAUUUAAUCCCUUACUGAUGGGCCACGCCUACCGGCAUCAUAAAGAACUGCUCGGUCUGUAGAAUUAUUACUUACUUAAAUAUUAAUUCUAGUUAAGUGUUUAAAAUGGGGCAACAGUGUUAGUCAUGAGUGGUCAUUAGUACAGUCUAAAGACAGUCCUAUAUAAAUUCUAUGCAAUUAAAGUCAGUCAAAAGACACUCAAAGGCUGAUCUUAGGAAAACAGUCUUUUAAAUUUUUCAAAGAAAUUUCUAUGACCUUUAGUGAAUAUUGCCCCUGGUUUUUAAUUAUUUCAUUAGAGUAUCAUUCCUUUUAUAUGUUAAGCUUGCUAAAUGGACAGGAUCAGUUUUAUUCCAAUUUACGUUCUUUUGUUUUUUUUCUCUCCAUUGUUUUCUUUUUUUAUGUAAAAGGACACAAAGGCAGCUUUUCAUUUUCAUUGAAUUUCCAGUUUCAUGUUCUUGUCAUUAUAUCAACUGAAAGAGUACCACUUGGAGAGCCUGUGCUCCAUUUCUAUUUGUGUCUUUGUUGUCGUAAAUAGCUACCUGGAAGGGAGUUGACAUGUUAAUUGUGAUGUACAGUAUACAUAAUUGAUUGGGAGCAUUAUUGUAACCGUUUCAUUUGUUUUACUCUCCACAGCCAGAACAACAAAGGCAUUUUUGUUAAGGAUAAAUGGAAAGUUGAUGUGAUAAGUUUGUACACUAGAUUAUUUACGCUUUUUAGUUGUACUUUCAUGGGAUUAUGACGUGAAUUUACACAGGCAUUGCAUUUUUGUUUGCUUUGUGAAAUGGAGAAAAUGAUACAAGGUCAUUUACUUUUGUAGUUAGCCACUUUAAAGACCCUGAUUUGACAAAGGGACUUUCUGAGGUAGAAAAAUAUUUUAUAUAUAUUCAUGUUGACUUAACAUGCAUUUAAGCAUCAUUGUGAAAGUUAAAAGGGGAUUUUAAGGAGACCAUCUGGUUGAUUUUUUUUUUUUUUUUCUUGUUUUUUAUUUUGUUAAAAUAUUUUUCUUUUCUUUUCUUUUUUUUAUUUAUGAAGCUCAGGCUUAAUGUGCCAGUAUGUUGUUGCAGGGUUGAACUCUCAUACCCUAACUCAUUUUCCUAAAUAAUAAAAGUCACUAGGAUAUCUGUACUAUUUCAUACCCCGACCCUGUCCAAUUGUUCCACAAGCAGAGUGUUAUUUUUGGCAGAAUUUGUAAUAAAACCUAUUCUUAAUGUAUUUUAUGUAAUACAAUUUCUUUCAGUGAUGAUAUAGUCACCACAUUUGACGUAAAUUGCCCACGAAUUCCUAGGGUGGAUUUAUCUUCGAUUCGAGAAAUAGAAAAAGAAAGAAAAAAUUACUUAGGGAACUUAGAAAUGUGUAAAAAGGGUGCCAGCGAAUCGACCAGAUGAUCCCCUUAAUAUGAUUUUUAUGUGAUAUUGUCAAAAAACUAGAAGUACACUAGUUGCCAGACUAAAUUUUAUACAUAUUUUUCAGAACUUAUGUUCGUUUAUUUCUUCAUUUCUCUUGUAGGAUUAGCAUUAUUUUUUUUAUAUUUAUUUAUUCUACUGCAUUGCUCAUCCUUGAAGUCAUGCUAAGGCCACGUCGUCAAAAUUCGAAUAUUAAACUAUGAUUUUGUAGAGUAUUUUGAGAGCUGGGUGGCGUGUGUAUCUAAUGCCCCAGUCUCAUUUUAUAACCCAUUUUGACUUCAGAUCAUUAAUUAUGCUCGUUUUCAAUUUGUGGUUGUAAUUUGAAGCAAAAGAAUACAAUUAUUUAUUAAAUGUUAAAUAAAUGAGAAUAUUUU